UGCAACAGUCCGUUGAGAAUCCGUCGGGCUCGAUCUAGCCUUUCUAAGUCUCAUUUGCUGUGAUCGAUCUCUCCGAGCUGCUCUUUGAGUCAGCGUGCGACUAUGGACGAAAUGGAUUACACGAUGCAGGCUUCUGUUCAUCCUGUCCCGCUUCCCGGCUGGUGGAUACAGCAGAUUCCUGGAUCCCAUAGGCCCACGCCGCCAUCAUUUCCCAGACAUCCCUCAGACCCUUCUCCGCCUACGUCCCACUCGGCAAAUCGAGGGUACGAUCCUGUUCACGCUGCCAGCAAUAGCAACCACGCCAUGAACAACCAAAACAGAACUAGUCAAGAGUCUGGCCAGGGUAACAGUGGAAAUGCCGGCAACAACAUGAACAAUUCGGGUGGCAAUCGGCAAGACGGCCAUCCAUCUACUGGCCAUGCGCAUCACUACGGAGGCAACGGCACCAACAGUAACAACAACAACAAUGCCAAUAAUGGCAACGUCACGGCCCCGACCACGGGCGUCAGUACCUCGAGUGUCAGUGUCGGAAACACGGUCACGUCCGGUGCCGGUACUAACACGUGGUUCCCAGCACAGUCCACGACGGCAUCUUGGCCUCUCCCUUCCCUAGCUUUCCAAGUACAGCCUUCGGUUCCCUACUUUCCUCCGCCGGGCUCUAUGGCAGAGCUGUACGGCCUGAAUGGUGGUUCCUCAGCAAAUUCGGGUAGAGGGCCGGGGGCGCAACCAGCUGCGAACCCCGUCUCCAGUGCAGAUGCAGACACACUUAUGGGCAACACAGAAACUCAAGGUGGCUCAUCUGCUGCAACCGCUGCAACCGCCACCCCGCGGGUUGGUGGCUUAGACUCGGGACCGAUACAGGCUGACUGGACGCCUCAACAGGGACCGAGCCGUUCUGCAUUCCCACCAGUGCCACCACCACCACCACCCGGUCUGUCGUCCAUAGAAGCAGGCUACCUCGACAGGUUUACAAGCUCGCAUAAUCACCCCACCUUCAGCAACAUCAAUCCUCUUGGCCAGGUACUGCCAGACCCAGGCCAUUGGGGUUCUCGUCACAUAAGCCACGCAACUAGUGUCAACAACUCCAAUCAACAUCACACAAAUGGGCCCCCGCCUGGUCAUCGUCGCCAACCAUCGCAUCAAUCUAGUCAACCUGUACUCCCAGCUACUGCGACCUCGUCAGCAGGUAGUCACAUCAGGCUUCCCGCCCCCGAUCCUCACUCAAGGCUCGCUCCAUAUCGUCCCUCGAGCAUGUCGAUUCCAACCGAAGGCGGCAACGACUUGUUCCAUGCCCUUCAGCUUCCCCAGGGCCCCCCAAACCCCCCGGGCCCCCAGGCUUCGGCAUCGAGCGCUGACCGACCGUCUCGCCAACGAUCAGGCUCCGGGUUGACGAAUACAGCUGCACCACUUCCCGAUAAUCAGUCCCGCACUGGCUCCGCAACCACCUCUGCAUCUGCUCCCACUUCGGUGUCCGUGUCCAAUACGGGACCUCCAUUUGUUGGACACUCGACUUCGUUCUCCCGUGGGCCUGCCUAUCCCGAGAUGCGAACAGAGAUGCGAGAUUUCAUGGUGCGAGCUCUUCAUCGCUCAGACAGCGUCAGUGAUGACGAUAUGGAUUUUCCAGACGAGAUACCGACGCGCCGACUAGUCGAUGAGGAAAGAGCAGCCCAGUUACUCAGGGCACGGCAGGUGGCUCGCGGACAAAGCACAAAGAAGGUGGCGUCGCGAAAGGCGAUAGAAAGUCUUGAACCUGUAAAUGUUGCGGACUUGCCUGAAACGGAUCGGAGCAGCACGAGUUACUUCGUCAAAUGGUCCAAUUCAAUGAGAGGUAUAGUGGCCCCAGGGCAUGGCAAGCAGCGGAUCGACGAUCGCCUCCUUCGGAAAAUACAGGCAACACGAGACGAGGGCCCAGACACGGCACCUUGCACCAGCGACAGUCAUCAUCGGGAACGUCUACACAAAGCAGCCAACGCCCACCGCGUGAAAGGGUCACCUGCCUCUGAUGGUGACAAUGCCUACAGAAGUGCCGACACGAGCCAGAUGUCCUCCACUCCCCAACAGCCACCGGCGCCAUCAUACACAUCCGAACCAGCACCUCCAUGGAUGCAGCAUGGUGAAGCGUCUUUUGCCUUUGAGCCCUCAAAUCGCGACCCUGCUUUCCCUGAUCAGAUCCCCGGCACGAGGGGCCCCGCACAAGGGCAGCCGUCCAUUCUUGCACAGCGUGAUCAGCCUCUUGCGUCCACAUAUUCCGGUGAAACCCCUUUCCCUGGUUCUUCUACUUUUCCCCUUACUGGUACUGGUAGACAGUGGCCUGAAUAG